CAUAUAAAUACUACCAAAAAAAAACCCAUUCAAGAACAUCUCUCCCGUUUAUCAUUCAUUCCCAUUUCUAUAUCACAAAAUCAAGAAAAGCAAAAAGAAAAUGUUGGCUAUAUUUCACAAAGCUUUUGCUCAUCCGCCUGAUGAGCUCAACAGCCCUGCUUCUCAAAAUGGCGCCAAGAAGCCUAAGCUUCCUGAAGAAACUCUGAAUGAGUUCCUUUCUCAUCACCCGCAUAACACUUUCCAUAUGACCUUUGGGCAAGCUGCUGUUCUUGCUUAUGUUCGUCCUGAUAAUCCUUUCUCCCACCAUCAGAGGUUGUUUUGUGGGUUUGAGGAUAUUUACUGCCUGUUCUUGGGGAGCUUGAACAACUUGUGUGUGCUGAAUAGACAAUAUGGUUUGACAAAGGGAACCAGUGAGGCUAUGUUCGUAAUAGAGGCUUAUAGAACACUUCGUGAUCGAGGUCCAUACCCAGCUGAUCAAGUUGUUAAGGAUCUUGAAGGAAGCUUUGCUUUCAUUAUCUAUGAUAGCAAGGCUGGAAUUGUUUUUGUUGCACUGGGUUCUGAUGGUGGGGUUCAGCUGUACUGGGGAAUUGCAGCUGAUGGUUCUGUUGUAAUCUCUGAUGAUCUGCAAGUCAUCAAAGCAGGAUGUGCAAAAUCAUUUGCGCCUUUUCCAGCAGGAUUCAUGUUCCAUAGUGAAGGGGGACUGAUGAGCUUUGAGCAUCCAAUGAACAAGAUAAAAGCAAUGCCAAGAAUAGAUAGCGAAGGAGUGCUGUGCGGUGCUAACUUUAAAGUUGAUAAGUACACAAGGGUGAACAGCAUUCCUCGCAGGGGAAGUGAAGCUAAUUGGACCGAGUGGGAUAACCAUUCCUAAUCACAUUCAAAAUCAAAAUCAUCUUCCAUCUGUCCAUAUAUGCCUUUUUAUCCUUUUCUUUAAUGAUGUCUGCUUCACUACUUGUAGACCUUUUCUUUUUUCAACUUUACUUUUGUCCUUUUUUAUUUCUUUCCAUUUAUUUCCCCUACUCGGUUGAUUUGUAUUUUCCCUCCCAAUUAAUGCAUCAUGUUUUCCCA